AUGUUGAAUUUGUUUUCAAUUUUUUUAUUGAAAAUAUUCUCGAUUGUGACGAUUCUGAAUCUGCAUGAUGCAUCUGUAGUCGCAACCAGCAUGGAUCGCCUGAAAAGAUUUAACGGAGUUCAACAGUGGUACUAUUUGUGGCCCGAGGGUCGUAUUCCUUACAUAAUAGAUAGUAGUUCAUUUGGAGGUCCAGAGCGAAGACUUAUGAAACAGGCGAUGCGAGAAUGGGAAAGAUCAACUUGCAUUAAAUUCAUUGAUAGACAAAAUUUUAUCAUCCAUCCAGACUAUGUGUACAUCACAAAAUCAAAUGCUGAGGUGUUACACCAAUGGCGUUGGCAGAAGUCAUGCCGGUAGAAAUCAUGUGUACUUGGGUGAAAACUGUUUAACUAAAAGAAUUAUGCUGCCCGAAUUGGGACACAUAAUCGGAUUACAUCAUGAACACAAGCGUUCAGAUCGCGAUAAAUAUGUAAGAGUUAAUAUCGACAACAUAAACAAUCAAAAAGGCGUAAUGAAUGAUUUUGAGAAAUUAUCAUCUGAAGAUGCCGUUACAUUUAAUCAGACAUAUGAUUACAAUUCGAUAAUGCAUUAUCGUACGAAUGCAUUUGCACGUGACCGAUCUAAACAAACCAUAACUCCUUUAAAAGCUGAAGAUAUUCAAAUCGAAAAAAUUGGCAGACAAGAACGAUUAAGUGAAAUUGACAUUCGUGGUGUGAAAAUGCUCUACAAUUGUUCUGUAUGUGGCCAAUUAUUAGAAAAUGACACCGGAACAUUGGAAACAACUAUUUAUGUGAAUACUUCAACAACUACUGCAAAACAUUGUGAAUGGAGCAUUGUAGCAUCGCGUGGUGAACGAAUUGUCCUUGAGAUAACAACGUUGAGUAUCCUUGACAGUAAGGACUGUACGAUUGAUUAUUUAAAUAUCAGAGACGAAUAUAAAACUGGAUAUAAUUCCUUAGGUCGUUUUUGUAGAAAAAAAAGCACUACGCAAACAGUGGGUUCUAGUGAUAGUCGAAUCCUUGUCACCUAUCACGCUAAUAAUGCUAAUGAAGAGUAUUUUGAUUUUAAAGCAAAAUACCAUACAUAUUUUGAAGGUGAUAUUGAAAUAAACAACAAGGACCAAGAAUAUUUCUUAGAAUCACCAGGUUUUCCAAACGAGUAUCCUCCUAACAAAUAUAGAGUAUGGUAUCUAGUUGCCCCUUUUAACAGCAGACUAAUUUUAAAAUUUACUUAUUUUGAUCUUGAGACAUCUGAUAAUUGUAAUAAUGAUUACGUUGAAAUUCGAAAUGGUGAUGCUUAUUAUUCGCCACUAAUUGGAAAAUAUUGCAAUAAUACUAGCCCAGAAGUGAUUUGGUCUAAAGGAUAUGCCUUAUAUGUUAACUUUGUUAGCAAUAGCAAGGUUCAAGGAGGUGGAUUUUCGGCAAUCAUAACUUUGCGUUAA